CUCCCGAGCGUGUGCUCCCCUUUCUGCUCAGUCUCCAGCCAUCCAGCCAGCCAGCCGCUCUGGCUCUCGCGCCCUGCCGAACAGCGCGGGUCUCUCCGGCUUUGGACCGACACCUCCGCGCGUUCCGCUCCUGCGGCCUCAGCGUGUGCCCACCGCAGCUCCGCUCCCGACCCUGCUCCGGGUCGCGCGCCCUGACUCCGCCCCCUCCCGCGGACUCGCGCGCUCCAGGCGCGGCCUCCCCCGAGCGCAGGCCGACCGGCACGGGGCCGCUUCCCCCUCCUUCCCCGCUCACCUCGCGCUCCCGCUCUCGCGCUGUCCAGGGCGAGCGCGCUCCCGGCCGGCGCGCUCCGAGCUCCGGCUUCUCCCGGCUUCUGUCAGUGCGGUGACUGCGCUGGGAAACAUGGCGACCGAGGGAAUGAUCCUUACUAACCACGACCAUCAGAUCCGUGUCGGAGUCCUCACAGUGAGUGAUAGUUGCUUCAGGAAUCUUGCAGAAGAUCGCAGUGGGAUAAAUCUCAAAGAUCUUGUACAAGAUCCUUCUUUGUUGGGUGGGACGAUAUCAGCAUACAAGAUAGUACCAGAUGAAAUAGAAGAAAUCAAGGAAACCCUGAUAGAUUGGUGUGAUGAAAAGGAACUUAAUUUGAUAUUAACAACUGGAGGAACAGGGUUUGCACCACGAGAUGUCACUCCAGAGAAAUUCCCAACAUUCCCAUUUUGUGGGCUCCAGAAAGGGGCCACAAAAGAAGUAAUAGAACGGGAAGCGCCAGGGAUGGCCCUGGCAAUGCUGAUGGGAUCACUUAAUGUUACACCUCUGGGCAUGCUCUCUAGACCUGUAUGUGGAAUCAGAGGGAAAACUCUCAUAAUUAACUUGCCGGGUAGCAAGAAAGGAUCUCAGGAAUGCUUUCAGUUCAUACUGCCAGCUCUACCUCAUGCCAUUGAUCUUUUACGUGAUGCCAUUGUAAAAGUAAAGGAAGUGCAUGAUGAACUUGAAGAUUUACCUUCCCCACCACCUCCUCUUUCCCCUCCUCCCACAACUAGCCCUCAUAAACAGACAGAAGAUAAAGGGGUUCAGUGUGAGGAAGAGGAAGAAGAGAAGAAAGAUAGUGGUGUUGCUUCCACAGAAGACAGUUCUUCAUCACAUAUAACAGCAGCAGCUAUUGCUGCCAAGAAGCAUCCAUUCUACACCAGUCCUGCUGUUAUCAUGGCACACGGUGAGCAGCCCAUCCCUGGUCUCAUCAGUUAUUCCCAUCAUGCAACAGGCAGUGCAGAUGAACGGAUUCCAGAAUCCAUUAUUUCUCGUGGCGUUCAGGUGCUCCCACGAGAUACAGCUUCCCUCAGCACUACUCCUUCGGAAUCGCCUCGUGCUCAGGCCACAUCUCGCCUUUCUACAGCUUCCUGCCCAACACCAAAAGUGCAGUCCAGGUGCAGCAGCAAGGAAAACAUCCUCAGAGCCAGUCACAGUGCUGUCGAUAUCACCAAGGUGGCUAGAAGACACCGCAUGUCUCCCUUUCCUCUAACAUCUAUGGACAAAGCCUUCAUCACAGUCCUGGAGAUGACUCCGGUGCUUGGGACAGAAAUCAUCAACUACCGAGAUGGAAUGGGCCGAGUCCUUGCUCAAGAUAUAUAUGCAAAAGAUAAUCUACCCCCCUUCCCAGCAUCAGUAAAAGAUGGCUAUGCUGUUCGAGCUGCUGAUGGCCCAGGAGAUCGUUUCAUCAUUGGGGAAUCCCAAGCUGGUGAGCAGCCAACUCAGACAGUAAUGCCUGGACAAGUCAUGCGGGUUACAACAGGUGCUCCCAUCCCCUGCGGUGCUGAUGCAGUCGUACAAGUAGAAGAUACCGAACUUAUCAGGGAGUCCGAUGAUGGCACUGAAGAACUUGAAGUCCGAAUUCUGGUGCAAGCUCGGCCAGGCCAAGAUAUCAGACCCAUUGGCCAUGACAUUAAAAGAGGAGAAUGCGUGUUGGCCAAAGGAACUCACAUGGGCCCCUCAGAGAUUGGUCUUCUGGCAACUGUAGGUGUCACGGAGGUUGAAGUUAAUAAGUUCCCGGUGGUUGCAGUCAUGUCAACAGGGAAUGAGCUGCUAAAUCCUGAAGAUGACCUCUUACCAGGAAAGAUUCGAGACAGCAACCGUUCAACCCUCUUAGCCACAAUUCAGGAACAUGGUUACCCCACAAUCAACUUGGGAAUUGUAGGAGACAACCCAGAUGACUUACUCAACGCCUUGAAUGAGGGUAUCAGUCGCGCUGAUGUCAUCAUCACAUCAGGGGGUGUAUCCAUGGGGGAAAAGGACUAUCUCAAGCAGGUGCUGGACAUCGAUCUUCAUGCACAGAUCCAUUUUGGCAGGGUUUUUAUGAAACCAGGACUGCCAACAACAUUUGCAACUUUGGAUAUUGAUGGUGUAAGAAAAAUAAUUUUUGCACUACCAGGGAAUCCUGUGUCAGCCGUGGUCACCUGCAACCUCUUUGUCGUGCCCGCACUGAGAAAGAUGCAGGGCAUCUUGGAUCCUCGGCCAACCAUCAUCAAAGCCAGGUUAUCAUGUGAUGUAAAACUGGAUCCUCGCCCAGAAUACCAUCGGUGUAUACUGACUUGGCAUCACCAAGAACCACUGCCUUGGGCACAGAGUACAGGUAAUCAGAUGAGCAGCCGUCUCAUGAGCAUGCGCAGUGCCAAUGGACUGUUGAUGCUACCUCCAAAGACAGAGCAGUACGUGGAGCUCCACAAGGGCGAGGUGGUGGACGUCAUGGUCAUCGGACGGCUAUGAUGGCCGCCGCAGGAGAAGCCUCGAUGCAUGCCCACAUAUCAUUGACUGUACCCUGUAAUAUGCAACGGCACAGCUAGUUUUUCUGAUUUGGAUAAAAGUUGAUCUGUAUAGUCAACAUCUUGAACUAUAUUUCAAAAGAAUUUAAAUACCUUUUAAAGAAAAAACACCUAAAAAUAAAUCUUAACAGACAACUCUAUUCUGAUUAUAUCAAAGCCGAUUUUUCCUUUCUCGCAGUCGCUUUGUGUGUUCAAUGCUAGGUCUGAUAGCAAUAGCUUUUAGUAGACAGCAGUAGGUGCCUGCAGAACUUGUGUUUUUCUCAUCUUUAAACAACUACUUAUGCUCUUAAAUCAAGGCUGUCUGCUUAUUUAUACUAGCGUAGGCAACACUUGGAUUUCCCUUCUUAGUAUGCUUCAUAACCGCUUUACAGAGAGCUUUUGCUUGUUCUUUAUCAUGUAUCUCGUGUUUAUGUACACAGUGCCAAAAGAAGAGUGACGGGGGCGGCCCGCCCUGCCUCCAGGAGAACCACCCCUCUCAGAGCUUCCGGGGCAGUUUCUCACCCCAGCAGCCUCAUGGCACAGUCCUCUUGGGCAGUAACUGGAUACCUUUUAUUUGAACAAACAAACUGGGGGAAAAAUGCUUCCUUAAGUGCUGACAGCCUUUUUAACCAAUACAUUUAAAAUUGUACAGAACAAAAAAUAAAAUCAAAGACUGAUCUUGUACAGAUAUUAGUGUUACCAGCAUUCAUGUGGAAAUCAAGAGCAAAGAAAAAAAUAAUGUUGAACAACUCUGUACUAUAACAUUUUCUGUAAUGAUACUGAAACUUAAUGAAUAAAAAA